AUGAUUACCUUGCAACCUAUCCUGCAACAUGCAGUUUCGACACCUAGAUUACCGCCAGAACUCAUGGAUCUAAUAGUUGACAUUCUUUCCGAUGAUGUUCCCUCUCUCACAGCUUGUGCAUUGUCCUCUCGCCAACUUCUCCACCGCAGCCGCUAUCACCGAUUCCACACCAUACACUUCGAUUUCCUCCCAAAUCGGUUGUUCAAUCGCUGCGAAAUUUUCUCAAGGAAGUGCCAAAAUGUGGCGCCACUUGUAAGGACUCUUACCUUGAGCGAAAAUCUCGACUGGUCCAAUCCCCCCUCUAGUACAUGGGUCGCCUCUGAACCACAGCUGCCUAUCGUCUUUGCAAUGAUGAAGAAUUUGACAUCCUUGCAUCUUGUCCGGGUGAAACUAGUCGGCAUUAAUAUCAUCGGGCCUCAAGUCAAGGAAUUGAAAAUGAAAUACUGUUCGGUGACGAACCUUGGCACCUUCCUCGGCGGCUUCCACAAAUUAAACAAGCUAGCACUACACCACGUAGACAUUGUUGAAGAGACAUCCUCAUCGUCUGAAGUUUCUCUUGACCUUGAGGAAUUAGUGAUUACCAAUAUCUGCAGCGAAUUGGACAAGAAUACCACCAAGUACCUCCUCCCGCUCCUUUCCAUCCCACCUCGUAUUCGACGGCUUACCUACCCAAUUUACCCCCCGGUGCAGAACAUCCCACAAUACGAUGUGAUUCCUUACACACACCUGGAUGAGUUAUUUCUAGUAGGAGCCUUCCUGACAAACCGACCCAUUCUGCAUAUCCAAAAUGUUACCAGGCUUCAUUUGUCUAUGAUCCCCCCCCGGCUCUGGCAUCCGGCGGAUGCAUGCAAAUACUACGAUGAGCUAACAGAUUGGCUCAUACACCUGCUACAAAAAGCUCAAGGGGGGUGCUUAAAGGAGGUCAAAUUGGACUACGGCCUGCUUAGCAUAUCUUGGACUCCGUACCAGUGGAGAGAGCUCGAUAGAGUUCUACUGAAGAUGGAUUCUGGCCUGGUUGGCAUAUCCGGGAGUCCGGGCAAGUGGAAAGAGCUCGAUGCAGUUCUAUCGCAGAUGGAAUUGAGCAAGGUUGAGCUCAUGUUCAGCACAACGCAGGAGGAGUGGGGUGGAGAAGGAGUAGAGACAGCCAAGUGGAAGCUGGACAGAUUGACGUUUAAAUAUGCUGCUUUCUUUGAACAAGUUAAAAGGCGUGGGUUGUUGACAGUCUCCGGACGAUACCUAAGUUACGAUCGUAUGUUUGCAACUAUCUAG